AUUGGUCAACGUUUUAAACGUAACUCUGUCACGAGUCUGUAGGCAGCCUGCGAGGUUUGAAUAGGGAAGUUUACUGAGCGCACAUCUCGCUUCGACUUCAGUGUUUGCAAAUACAGUGAUCUCAGCGACGGAGGACCUAGAGGACUUUUGAGUGAAAUACACUUCACUGCCGUUGCAUGUGCACUCACCAGGAUACUCUUCUGUCAAGACAGCGGCCGUUGUCAUCUUGAUUCCAGACAGAGAUUUAAUUUGUUAGGUGAUAUUUAGCCUAGACACUUUUGGGAUUUAAAAUGGAUGUUCUACCGAUGUGCAGCAUUUUCCAGGAGCUUCAAAUUGUUCAUGACACUGGUUAUUUCUCGGCAUUGCCAUCCCUUGAGGAAUAUUGGCAGCAGACGUGCUUGGAGUUUGAACGCUACCUGCAGAGUGAGCCUUACGUCUCGGCGUCUGACCUCAAGUUUGAGGGUCAGGAGGACCUGUGGAGCAAGUUAAUCCUGGCCUGCGGGGACAAGAGCGAGACCGGCCCCUCCAGCACCACCAUCCCCCACCUCCCGGAGGAGGACAAUCAGGACGGCCACCUCUCGGAGACCAACAGCCUGAACUCGGACGCCAGCAGCGAGGCGUCGGACAGCUCCGAGGAGCUCUCGCCCACGCACAGCUUCGCCUCCAACCCGCUGGGCUCGGCCAUGACGGGCUCGGGCCACCUGAGCUCCUCGGUCAUCAGCACGCCGCCGUCCUCGCCGGAGGCCGCGCACGAGCUCUGCGGCAACGUCGCCACCUGGGGGGUGGCGGCGCAGACGGAGCUGCACGCGCCCGCCAAGGCGCGGGGCGGCACGGGCAAGAGCUCGGAGAAGAUGGGCAGCCCCGGCGGAGAGGACGCCUCGCCCGACGGCAGGAGGAGGGUGCACCGCUGCCACUUCAACGGCUGCCGCAAGGUGUACACGAAGAGCUCCCACCUAAAAGCACAUCAGCGCACCCACACAGGCGAGAAGCCUUACAGGUGUUCAUGGGAGGGUUGUGAAUGGCGCUUCGCACGUAGCGAUGAGCUGACACGUCACUUCAGGAAGCACACUGGUGCCAAGCCAUUUAAAUGCAGUCACUGUGACAGGUGCUUCUCCAGGUCCGACCACCUGGCCCUGCACAUGAAGAGGCAUCUCUGAGCAGUUUAGUGAGCUGAACAGUAAGCCAGGGGAGAACAGCUGAACUAGUGUCUCCUGACCGGCCGCACGGUUGACCUGCCCCUUACCACGAGGAAGGAAAAAACGAGGGGGAGAGAGAAAGCGUGAUCCAGCCAAAGCAUGCCAUUUUGCACCUUAAGCAGUGCCUCCGGGGGGCUCUCUUGGAGAAGGCGUUUCUGAACGGUGGUUGAAAAAGAAGAACGAGGACAAACAACGGAGGACAAAAUCAUGUACUGAAGGAGAGGAGAUGUGCAGGACGUUUUCAAGGAGAGAGAGAGAGAGAGAGAGAGAGAGAGAGAGAGAGAGAGAGAGAGAGAAGGAAAAAAUUGAAAACAUACAAAAAAAAGACCAAAAAAAUUGUGAGUGAGUGAUGUGUACGUAUGGUGCAUGAUGUUUGCGGAGGACUCCUGGACAACCCGAUAAAAAAAAAAACGCUGGUAUUUAAAAACAAACACAAACAAAACAAACAAAAAAAAAUCCAUGAGUGAAGUGAGCAUGUGCGCUGCGUGUCUCUGCGGGACUGUCCUGUGUGUGCAGAGGGGGGAGGGCUUCCAGGGGGGUCGCUGUGGACUGACGAGUGGUGGUGUGUUUUUUCCGGGGAAACAAGUUCCGGUUUUGUUUCCCCCCGUUGUCUCCAGAGAGGCAAGCGAGCGAGCGAGAGAGUGUAUGUGCCUGUCAGAGAAUGAGUACUAAGGUUUCUCGCCAAACUCCCCCUAGGGUGUGGGGUGUCCUUUAGAGGAGGUAGUGUGGGAGUUCAGUAUCGGGGAUGAAUGCUACCCCCCCACCACACACAUACACAUACACACACACACACAAACACCCAUACAAAAGGGGGAGGUAGAAACCUAGUUCUGAAUGAUCGAGGCUUUUUUGGUGUUUGGUGCAGCUACUAAAUGUGCAAUGUGUUAUGUAGCUUGUCUUCACAAGCUGCAAAAGCUCAUUUGUAGUCCAUUGUAUAAGCUGUGUGCUUAGAAAUAUUACACAACUAUUAUUUCAGUAUAACAGACAGGUGUUGCAUGGUUCUUGGGUUUUCAUUUCUACUCUUACCCUGUUGUUUGUUAUCAGGACUGCAAAAUAGAUUCCAAUAAAGUGCAGCUAAAGAUAAACGGUUAAAUGUUACAAUGUUGUACAUAUGAAAAGCGUUUGAUGACUUCUCCUUUUUGACUUUCAAAAAACCUUUCCCACAACUACGCACCCAUCUUGCUUAUUUUGGAGAAACCACUAUUGCUUAGCAACCAUCUCAUUCAUGACGCUUUUCCCACUUAUCCAUGUCUUCAGGACUAAUUUUUGUAUCUCUUUUUUUUUCUUUUCUUUUUUUUUUACUGUUUAUGCACUGUUGGCCUUAAUGGUGCCUUAUGUGAGUGACCUAGCCCAAUGGAAGCGGUGUGAGCUUGUUGAGGGGGGUGGGGGGAGUAGACUGUUGGGGAUGGUCACAUCUAUGUUUGUAUGAGUGAUUUAAAUGCUUUAUUAAGGCUCAAUUUCACAUGAACAUGCACCUUUGCCUUGUCUGUACUGGCGAGUAUCUUACAAAACCCAUAUAGGUUUUGAAUUCAUUGUUUUUAUGUUUUGGCAUCUAGAUGUUUUCUAGUCAUUUCUUGACCCAGCGACAUAAAUUCAAUCAACAAAAAAAGUCAAAAGAGAUGUGUUAAAAAUGCUUCAGUCAUCAUAAAAAGCACUUAAACAUGCCUAAUUCAAUUGUAUUUACUACCAUGUAGUAUCUACUUAAUGUACUGUAUGCCAUGUUUUUUUUUGUUGUUUUUUGAAAAAACACAUUAAGUGUGUAGGUAAAUUGCUUUGACUGGUACCAACCCUCCCUUGUCUCUGUAUUAGUAAAGUCAUAGACUGGGCUGUUGCAUAACAUCGGCACGUUGAGUCUAUUACUCUGUUAACUGCAGCACCCUGAGCGUGUAUGUUGGCAUCACUGUUAAAGGUUGAGGCCAUAUUCCCCUAUUAGUAAGACGGACAAAAAAACCCAACAAAAAUGCAAAAGAUUUAUUGUAAUUAACAAGCCCCAGCCGGAUAGACCCUGCCUUGUACUGCAUUUGGGUAAUGAAUGGCUGAAGGCAGAUCUGGCAUGGAGAGCAGUGCAGACUGCUGACUCUGGAUGUUGGGUAUUGACCUGUCUGGAUGGCGUGCUUUCAGCCUCAGCCGACAGUAUUAUGGAAACAGUGAACAGGGAUCCAGAAAGAUAAAGAUGAAUCACCCUGCCCAUUUGAACUGCCACAAUGGAAAAUGUACAGACAUCAAAUCGAAAAUCUGUGCAAAUGCAGCUCAACAGUUCAUCACUGUUGCUAGUGAGCGUCUUAUAGAUUUUUUAAAAACCUUUGAUAUGUAUUUUUUCUCACAGGGAAAGGGACCAAAAGCUUAAUAAUCAGUGUAUAUAAAUGCCGUAAAAACAUAACAUGUAAAACUUAUGUACAGACAAAGACUUUAGACAGUAGGGAUUGGCUUUUAUAAGACUCAUCACAAGUCAGUCUUUUUAUGUGUUAUCAGGGGCAUGCCGUGCUUUGUCUAGGGGAGUGGAAUGCGAAGUUGCAGCAGGUUCAGAUGGAUUUUAGAUCAAGUUGUUUUAUCGAGAGGAUAAGUACAAACUUGAGGAGGCUUGCUGCAAUAAAAUUAGAGUGGCAAGGAUUCAGAGGGCAAAGAAAAGAACAUCCUGUCUUAGAAGACAGCAGCCAAUAUCAUUCAGGUGACAAUCGAGCCUUAAUCUAGCCUCAUGUUUGCUUGCGAUAUAACUCUUUCUAUCACUAAUUCUCUCUUUCUUUCACAAUCCCCUGUUGUCUAAAUAAUCUUUGUAAAAGAGGAAAAAAAUACAAAAAACUUUUUGUAAGAUUUUUUUCUUUGUUUUGCUUUAUAAAAUUUUAUUUGAAAUUGUUUUGCAAAAUUGUUAUAUUUCUGUAUGAAUGUAUUUUUUAUUGGAAUAAUAAGAAGUUCUUAUCAGA